UUCAGCAUCACCGCGCCACCUCGCGUCACUCUCCAUCGCUUUCCGAAUCGGACGCGCAUUGGUUCAUUCUUUAAUUCAUUCAUUCCACAGCAGAGGAGCGGGCGACCUCGAUCGGUCUACAGUUUCCAGCUGUCCCGUAUUGUUUUGUGGAACUAGUAGAUAUGAACCACUUUGAAAAGAUUGACAGGCUGUUGAAUUCUAUAGUGGACAGCCUAUUUGGAGAAAGAGAUACUCGUGUGAGAGGAUGGCUCCUGCUGGAUUCCUACACACCAACAUUCUUGCUCACCAUCACCUACCUCCUAACAAUCUACCUGGGAACAAAAUAUAUGAGAAACAGACCAGCAUACUCACUGAAAAAUGUUUUACUGCUGUACAACUUCUCUAUUACUAUGUUGUCUUUAUACAUGCUGGUUGAGUUGAUAUCAUCAGUCUGGUCUGCAGGUUAUCGUUUCCAAUGUCAGGGACUGCAUGAAGCUGGUGAAGCAGAUAUCAGGGUAGCAAAAGUACUGUGGUGGUACUAUUUCUCUAAGCUGAUUGAAUUCCUGGACACCAUCUUCAUUGUGCUGAGGAAGAAAAACAACCAGAUCAGUUUCCUGCAUGUGUAUCAUCAUGCCUCUAUGUUUAACAUCUGGUGGUGUGUCCUCAACUGGAUACCCUGUGGACAGAGUUUCUUUGGGCCAACACUAAACAGUUUCAUCCAUGUCCUCAUGUAUUCUUACUAUGGUUUGUCAACCAUCCCAUCCAUGCACAAAUAUCUGUGGUGGAAACGCUACCUCACGCAGGCACAGCUGGUUCAGUUUGUAUUGACUAUAACACACACAGUAAGCGCAUGGGUCGUUCCUUGUGGUUUCCCCCUGGGCUGUCUGAAAUUUCAAACCUUCUACAUGUGCACACUUGUCGUCCUGUUUGUCAACUUCUACAUGCAGACAUACAGAAAGAGGAAGUUGGAGGAUGACAGAAUUGCUAAGGUUGAAGAUCUUAAAAACAGUCAUUCUAAUGGCCUUUCAUCCUCUCUCAACGGAGCUAACUCCAAACAGAAGCUGCAGUGAUGCCACGAUAUGGCCAAUGGAAUUCACUUAUGGGGAAUAUUAGCACAAUAGCAGCCAUAAUCAUCUGAUAAUCAAAAUGCAAUUUUAUAAAUUAGAAUAUAACUUUUUAACAGUUUUGUAUCUUUGUUUUGCAUAUGUUUCUCUCAAGCCAAUGUAAAUGCUGUACAAUAAUUUUAUGUGGAAAGACAUUUGUCAAACUCUUAUUCAAAAUAAAUGCCUCUGUUAUGGA